GGCGGUGGGGCCGCUGACGAGAGCGAAGCUGUGUGAUGUGGACCCUCCGGGCCGCCGUCCGCCGCGGACUACCGCUGCUCCGUGCGGCCUGUAGCUUCCGAGAAGUAUUGGCGCCAGCCCCCCAGGAUCGCUGCGUCCGCGCGCUCUCCACCUUCGGCGGCAAGAACCCGGACAAGAGCAGGCUGCUUUCUGGGUCUGGAGGAGAGGCGAUUGCCAGGAAAGGCUGGAAAGAGGAAGGCGAGGAAGAGGAUGAAACAGGAGUGGAAGAUGAAGAGGUUGAAGAGCUGUUGCUGGAGCGGGAGCCUUUGCUGCCCCAGGGGGCCCAGCGUGUGUUUUUGCUUCACCCGGAUGUCAAAUGGGGAGCGAAAAAACAGACUCUGACCCGAGCCGAACUUCAGGUGGCUGAGGCAAAAACUCUAGUGCAUACCCUGCUGAACUGGUCAGUGGAAGAGACAAUGAUCGUAUCAACAAAAACCCCAGACAAGAAGCUGGUGUUUGGCAAGGGGAAUUUUGAACUUCUGACAGAAAAAAUUAGAGGAUCACCACAAAUAACUUCUGUCUUCCUGAAUGUAGAAAGAAUGAGUCCAUUAACAAAGAAAGAACUUGAAGCUGCCUGGGGAGUAGAAGUAUUUGACCGGUUCACAAUUGUUCUUCAUAUUUUCCGCUGCAAUGCUAAGACUAAGGAAGCUAAACUUCAGAUUGCUUUGGCUGAAAUUCCACUUCUCAGGUCAAAUCUGAAAAAUGAAGUUGCUCAUUUAGAUCAGCAAGGUGGUGGCUCCCGCUAUAUCAUGGGAUCAGGAGAAACAUUCCUGCAAAUACAGCAGCGGGUCUUAAAAGAAAAAGAAAUAAAAAUUAAGAAAGCCCUGGAGAAACUUAAGAAAAGAAGACAUCUUCUCAGAAGUCAACGUAAAAAGCGUGAACUUCCCAUUAUUUCUAUAAUGGGAUACACAAAUUGUGGAAAAACUACUUUAAUCAAAGCUCUGACUGGGGAUGCAGCAAUUCAGCCUCGUGAUCAAUUGUUUGCUACUCUGGAUAUUACAGCGCAUUCUGGAUCUUUGCCUUCCCAUAUGACUGUUGUUUAUGUAGACACCAUUGGAUUCCUCUCUCAACUUCCUCAUGAUCUCAUUGAGUCCUUUUCAGCUACACUUGAAGAUGUAGCUCACUCAGAUGUUAUAAUCCAUGUGAGAGACAUAAGUCACCCUGAAACUGACCUCCAGAAAGCAAGCGUUUUAUCUGUUCUAAAGAAUCUGAAUCUGCCAAAUCAGUUACUAGAUUCAAUUAUAGAAGUUCACAACAAAGUGGACUUAGUAGAAAGCUAUGAAUCUACAGAACCAAAUGCUAUAACCAUUUCUGCUCUGCUUGGGCAUGGAUUGGAGAAACUGAAAGCAGAAAUAGAAAGUGCAGUUUUGAAAGCAACUGGAAAAAAACUUCUCACUCUUAAUAUAAAGCUGGAAGGAGCUCAGCUAAGCUGGCUUUAUAAAGAAGCAACUGUACAGGAAGUUGAUGUUAUACCUGAGAAUGGGACAGCCAAUGUAAAAGUCAUCAUAAGUAAUUCAGCUUAUGGCAAGUAUAGAAAACUCUUUCCGAUAUAAUAAUGUAUUCAUUAUAAUAUGUAACUACUCAGUGUUUUAAGCAUUCUGAAGGAAUGUUGCCUAAAUACCAAACUAGCUACUCCACUCUGCCUUUCAUUUAAGAUAUGUUUUUGCUAUGUGAAGUAACAAUGAUGGCAAGCUCACCUUUCAAAUGGAUGUCAGAUUGUUAAUUCUGAGUUGCUUUAUAUAGAUAAAAAAUACACUGGUUGAAUCACUUUCUAGAAAUUUGUUAGAUCCAGAGUGCUGCUUCACUUGUUUUUUGUUCUGUAAAUAAAUAUUUAUGUUAUUUUUGAGCUUUUUAAAUCUUGGGGAUUUUGUUUGUUUUUCUUGGGAGAAGAAUCAUGAUAAAGAAAAGCUCAAAUUUGCCUAUCCAGCCAUUAUAUUUUACAUAAUAUUAAACUUUUUUUCCUCCCUCGCCAUCCAUGGCAAUCAAUGUUUUCACGUUAACACAAUUUCACCAUUCAGGGGAACUGAAAAAAUAUUUCUACCUCUACCUCCUUAAACAUUCAACCUAUCAAUUAUUUUCCUAUCUAGGCUCAAUUAUUAUUUUCUUCAUUCUUUUUGUUCUUACUAUGCAUAUUACACUAUCCUAAUCUUAAGCAUUGGACUUACAAAGUUAAGAACUGCAUAGACCUUGCCUUCAGAAAACUUGUCUUUUACUAGGACUAGGUGAAGAAGUGGAGGAGGGACCUAAACAUUUUAUAAAAAUUAGGAAAUGAUGAGGGCAUAUCUUCAUCACCAUCCUUUUGCCUACCCUCUCUCAGAUCCCCACUCAAAAACAAGAUUGUGUUUCUUGUUUUGAGAUUGUGAUUCUUUCUCUCAUGCUCUCUCUCCUUUUUCUCUUCCUCUUCUCUAUUUUAUUAUUAUUAAUACCAUUAUUAUUAAUGGUAAUAGAUGGAUUGGGAAGCUAUGAGGAGAACUGGGAAUAUAGCACAUGAGAAAGGGAACUAGAAGGAAAGCAGAGGAUACCUCUAGAGGCAAAUAUUAGUGUUAGUGGGUAAUAGAGUUGUAGAAUUUAUAAGGCUAUUCAGUUAUCUACUAAAUUCCUUUGACUCCUUUACAUUUCAGGAAAACUUGAUUAUACUAUAGAUCAGAUUAUUCAGAAAAACAGAUAAUAUGUAUCCCACCCUCCCCCUUAAUUUGGAUUUGUAAACUUUGCCUGAUAGUCAUCAAACAACUAAGGAAAUGGAUUCAUUCCUUGAGUUUAAUGAUUUCCAACAAAGGAAAAAAAGCACAUUUAGGUUUUCUGAAAGGUUGUAGUAGUUGAGAAACAGUAAUUAAACAUCUAAUGUUUUUGAAGCGUUUCCCCUUUUUUUUAAAUCAAAGCUGCUAUAAGUAUAUAAUAACUAUAUUU